AUGGACAAGUCUCCUGCAACCAUUGAAAUGACCACGCCAGGCGUCGCUUCAGGCCGUCAGAAGCACAACUCCAAUGAUUCAGCCAAGGUUGUUGCCAGUCAGACUCAACAAGACAAGUCCCGCCCUGCUUCGGCAUCCCACUCGGUUCCAGCAGGUUCAGGCAACGCUAACACGGAUUACUCAACACCACUCAAAGCAACCAGCAAGAGUACCAGCGGUCCUGCAUCCACAACGGUUGACCCUUCAACUGCGUACAGCAUUGCAGUGGUGUCAACCGCUGCUCUGUUGUCGUCGCAGAUAGCCACCGGCACGCGCAAGCUGCUGGGACGAGGCAACUUUGGCCAAGUGUUUUCCGCGAACGUGUCCAUUGCCCUCAUUGCUCCCCAGCAUCGUCAUCUGUUUGCACCAGGCGCGCAGACAGUGGAUGUCGCCGUCAAGACUCUGCUACUCGAUGCCAAUGCUCGAGCGGAGCAAGAUUUUGUGCUGGAAGCCGAGCUCUUGCGCAAGCUAAAUCAUACCAACAUUGUCAAUGUCCUCGCAGUGCUUCCAGCUGGCCGAGGUCAGCCGCAAAUGCUCGUUCUAGAGUAUGUACCGUACGGUGAUUUGCGCAAUCUGCUUCGUCAGUCGGCAAAGUGCGAUGUUGCCUGGUCGCCAGAAGAGUAUGUUCACGUGGCCACCGGUAUUGCUGCGGGCAUGGGGUAUUUGGAGCAAGCACGAGUGCUUCAUCGUGAUCUGGCCGCCCGCAAUGUCCUUGUUGGCUCGCAUCUGGUGGCCAAGAUUGCCGACUUUGGUCUAUCCAGGGAGCUCAAUGACAAGGACUACUACAAGUUGCAGUCAAAGCAAAAGCUGCCAGUUCGCUGGAUGGCACCCGAAACACUCAACUACCGCAAAUUCUCGAGCCAAUCGGACGUAUUUUCGUAUGGUGUUGUGCUUUGGGAACUCUUCACAAUGGGCCAGCCACCUUGGGCGGAUGUCGAGCGGGACCAGUACCUUGUGGGUCUGAAGCGCGGAGAUCGUUUGCCACAACCACCCACCUGUCCUGCACAGCUCUACUCGCUAAUGUUGGCGACCUGGGAAUGGGAUCCCUCUGCGCGUCCUUCGUUUGCCGAUUGUGUGGGUUUGCUCCAGCCGCUCCGUCCACCCAGAGGCUCAGUUCGCGAUUUGGGGGCCUUGGUGAGAGGGAGGAGCAACACGAACGGAUGA